UCCUUUCUAGCUGCAUCAUGGGCGUCAGUAAUGGGACACCCUUCUGCUGCUUUGCAUAGUUUUGGGCCGUUCUUUGAUGGAAACCUGUAAGCAUUUCCAAGGCAAAUCUGUUAUUGCGAACAGAUCUAGUACGUGGGCAGAACAACAAACAAGGCUGUUUACCAGUUGCACUUCAUUCUCUACAACUGAUAGAGAUGGUAUAGAGAGGGAAUAAGGACAAUCCAUCCAGAGCAACCUGAAGUCAAGCAUCUAGUUUUGCAAGCCGAGCAAAAUCCUUGUAUAAUUUUCCAUUUUUUGUAUAAUUUUGACAUUUACAUGAAUGCAUAUAGCAGAUAUUUCUAUCCAAAGUAGGAUAUGAGAAAUUCACCACAGAGACAAUCCAAAUUUUUUGCUUUUUUUUAGCAUACACUUUUAAUCAAAAGCAGCUUGCAAUAAAGGAGCAUCAGCAAAAUAUAUUGUACUUGCCACAUUGACAUGGAUCUUGAAGAUGCCCACUGACGUCCCUCUCCCUCACCUCCUCCCUUUGUCAUGGAGUCUGACCCGAACUCCCUCCGUGACCCCUACAAAUCUGUGGAUGACAACGUGGAGCCCCCCGAUCUGGAGUGCGCCAUCUGUUUCUGCCAGUUCAACAACGUCUUCAACACCCCUAAGGUCCUCCACUGCAAGCACACCUUCUGCCUGGAGUGUCUUGCCCGGAUGAACGUGAAGUCCACCCAACCCGACACCAUCCAGUGCCCCCUGUGCCGCGCAUUCACCCCGUUACCCGACUUGGGUCUUCCUAAGCUAGCAAAUGACUCCACGGUGCUGUCUUACCUCCCGGCUGCCAUGCAGCACGUCUACAGCAUCCGCUUCAACCGCAACAAAGGCAAGCUUCAGGUGAAGAGAGUGCCCAGCUCUGCCCCGGUCCUGACGCAGACCGUCAGCCAGUCUCUGGACGUCGGGAACCCAGCGGGCUUGGAGGGUCAGGUGGGCAGAGAGGGGAGCAGAGAGAGGUCCCUACUGAUGACCGUACUGCGAACUCCACUGUGCAAAGCUUUCAUCAUGAGCAUGGUGGCCAUAGUGACCGUCAUUCUCACCAUUGUCAUCAUCAUCACCAACAGGAAGUAAGCCUGAAUACUUCGGUUUUGUGCGCUCGAGGAUGCGUGGGGUGGUGUAACCUUUUUAAUGACGUGUACAAUGUACACAAAGAUCGCACAUGCGCUUUGAAUACUUUUUUGCACUAUUUCCACGAGGUGGCGACACUGGCUCGGCCCGUUGUUUGGCAGUCGACAAAGAAAUGAACCAAGAACAGCAAGAAACUACGACAAAAACCGUGUAGACUUCGGUAUCUCGCUUGCGUUGAGCGCAUGUGUCCACGCACUCUGCAAAUGGCUUUGAAAGACUGUGCAAAGUAUACUGUGGGCUUUAUUAUUACUGGCACUGACUCCAUCUCCAUCAAAAGGUCAAAUGACAGCACAAAAAAAACAAAUAGACAACAUGACAAACACAUUUUUGAAUUUUUCCAGGCUAAGCAAAUCUGAAUUUCCCUUGUCAUGAAGUCUACUGCAAUAUUUAACAACUAAGGAGGAUAGUGGUUACAAAAAAAGUACUGUCAUGGUACCAUGGUGUUUAAGUGCCACUACUAUAGUAAAUGUGCAAAACAUUAUAAAGCCUUGUACCUUGUGUUUCUUGCACAUAGUCAUCUGGUGGUAUGGGUUGGUAAUAAUACUGAGAUACUGUAAACAUAUGGUACUCUUUGGUAUGCUCAAAAUUCUUCAAGGGGGUCUUCAUAACUGUACAGUGUCUUAACAAAAAUGUAUAGUGAGUACUACGUUUUCAAAAUAUUUAUACAGUUGUAGGUUAUCAAAACAAUCAUAUACAGCAAGUUGUGUAACACAAUGUCUUUAACACAGUAAAGACGGGUUUGUCCUGUUUUUAAAACAGGUGGUUUUUAACCUUUUUGACUCAAAGGCCUCCCAUCAGACAACAUGACAUUCAAAGUGUCCCAAUAUAAGGUAUUUCAGGUGUAAGUACAGCAAGACAAAGCUUUUCCCCCAACUUUUUUAAUCAACACAUACUGUGAAAACCACAAUACUUUUGUGAUACCAGAAAAUUUAAAAUAAUAAUUUCAGUUUACGUCUUUAUUGUAGGUUUUUACCAAUUCAGUUUAAAAUCAAUUGGAAAAACUUUACAUUUUUGUAGGUUAUACUUUAAGGGAGGAAUACUAUUUAAGCUGUUGCACAAGCUGUGCAAAUCUUCCCCUCGCGUCGUUUUCAUCCACGUUAAAUUCAUAAAUAUAAUAGAAUUAGAUAGAAUAAACAUUUUUUAGUUCCACGUCCUCCUCCCUGAAUCGAAUGCCUAUACUGCACUAAAUUAUUAUUUAUUUGCAUGGUAAAAGACUAAGACUUGAUUGCCAGCCCUUAUGAAAAUUAACCAUGGUUUUAUACAACAAAAAAAAAUGUUGCAGCGCUGAUUUUUUUUUGUAUUUAUUUUUUAUCUUUUACACUAGCUACCCGUUUUGUAACCACAGUUUUACUACAAAUGCUUUGGUUAAGUGUAGUAAAACCACAUUAUGGUUAUCAUAGUUUAGCCACAUGUAGGCUAGCUAACCUUUUUAGUGUGUGUGAUAAAACCAUGGUUUAUUUUCCUAAGAGAAAGUAUUGUUAACAUGUCAGCACGAAGAAAAUGAAUAUAAAUAGGCUAAACACAAAUAAGAAAACGCUUUCUUAAUUAUAAUAAUUAGUUUUAUUGUGCAUGCUUGUUUACUACCUUGAUGAAUUGUUUCAGUUUCUAAUACCAGCACAGCUAUUAAACUCUUUUUGUCUUAUUUCACAAAGCGAUCACACAGCCAUAGCAUUAUCCAAGUCUGUCAGAAACGACAAAACGAGCUCAGAUCCGACGCCCCUCGCGCGCACCAGAUGGCGUCCUGUCGCCAGAGUUCGUUCACGGAGCUUCAGUAACGUGCUGCUGUCUGCGUAAUGGAAAAGUACCAGAGCCCUGGAGCUGCCCCCUCCGACUCUCUUUGCCUUGUAUGGCUGACAAAACCAAACAAACCACUAAAAAGAUGAUGAGUGCCAUCUGAAACCUCAGAAAUGGGGAAGCAAACUUCUGUGUAACUUAAGUGACCUAAGAUAUGGAGGAUGUGAGGAAAAAUAAAUGAGGAAACCUUUUGCACUGAACUAGCUGGACUUUUUCAGAAUUUUGCAAUGAUACAUCAUUGUGCUAUAGGAAAGAUCUAAAAAUAGCAUGAACGCAAUGACUCCAUAAGCUCUCAUUUAACAUUAGCUAAUGCGUUAGCAUUAAUGCAGUAUCACAAUGAUCCAGAAGUAAUCCAAGCAGCUAAAAUACAAGUCCAUAAACCGUGACAGUGCUUCCUCAGGGACAAAAAGUCCUUCGGUUUUGGUCCUCUCACAUCAAAAAUCCACUGACAUAUUUGUUUUCGCAUGUAAACAAUGCUUGAUCUGUUCGUAUUUGCACUGCUGGUUUAGAUGAGGCAGGAGAAAACAAUAUUAUGGCUAGAGGACUGUUGGAAACAACAGAUUAAAGUUAAACCAUCUAGUUGGAUUUGUUGGUGAGAAACAACUGUUAACUGAUAGACUGUGGAUUAUUUGUGAUGUUUUAAUCCGCUGUGAUGCUGAUUGUGAUGCAGGCUAAUGCUAUUUCUAUGCUAUUUAUAAGCAAACAGACUCAACUACGUCCUGAACAAUGUGAGCUGAGUAAAUGUUCAGCGUAUUUUCAUUUUGGAUGAACCGUUCCUUCGACUAAUCUUUAAAAUGAGACGUUUUUGUAAAGUGUUUUGGAAAUAUCUGGUCUUAAAGUAAAUGUUACAGUCUGGACUGAUUAUAAGCCAUGCUGGUUGUUUCUGCGUGGAUUCGAAUCAGAUGUCCACAGCUCUGAUUUAGAGGCGGCUCGAUUGUUUUAAUGUACUGUAGUGAGGUAAACGCUGGGUAAGACUGAUCAGCAGCGAUUCUUCCAGCUGGUGAAGUCAUAACGCAUCAUACAUCUCUGCCUUUGUAUUGUCACAGCUAAUGCUAAAGCACGUCAGAUGAUGUUUAAGCCAAAGCAAAGACUGAGCGGACCGGACUGUUUGUGUUACUACUCUGCUUGUGAAUUACAAUGCACAAUUGUUCUUUUGCUUUGAAUGUGUUACUGAUGUAGAAAGAGAUUUCAUUGAGUGUGUGUGUGUGUAUGUGUCUGUUUCAUUCAACUAGUGUGGGCUGGUUAUGUGUGUCCUUCAUGGGAACUGGCAGCAAUUUUGUCUGUUCCUUCUCUUUGUGGUCAGAUUUGUUUUGCAUGUUGAGUCUAUGUGUGUGUGUGUGUGUGUGUGUGUGUGUGUGUGUGUGUGUGUGUUUACUAUAUGAAUGAGAGAGAAUGAGAGUUGUGGCACACUGCAUAAAGAGCUUUUAUUGAUGUUUAAGAACUACUAAAUAAUGUUUACCACAGUUAUACUGUCUUUAGUGUUUUCUUUGUUUGUUUGUUUGUUUUUAACAGAGCAAUCUCCAUAAGUAAAAAAUAAAAAGAUGACUUAACUUAAAAUUCCACCAAGUUGUUCAACCCAUGAGUAAAGUCACAUGCCUCUUUUUUGGUCAGCUAACACACUUUAGUAUGUUGAAAAUCGGUGGAAUUGUUUUUUCUGUU